AUGACAGAGGACCAGCAGCCGACAAACGCAGUAGGCCCAAGUCAGCCAUCGCAGGUGGGGCCGUCCACCACAGUCUCACCCUCGAUCCGCUCGUAUCGGUCCAAGAAGAUCAGACCUUGCGAUAACUGUCGUUCGCGUCGGCAAAGAUGUGACAUCCCCAGGGCCGGCGAGGCGUGCCGCCUUUGUGUCGUCACCAAGAAGCAGUGCACGUUUUUGCGUGAACGACGCAAGGCACCAAGUGACCUGAAGAAGCUCGCGGAGCGCGAGGCCGAGCUCACCGCCCAGAUGGGCAAGGAACGGCCGCCGUUCAUUCAGAACAACAGCACCGAGAGCGCAGCGACCAACGCGAGUACUGGCUCAUCUCCUGAACCCGCCAACUCGGCGUGCCUGGCACAUCUGACUGCCUAUAUCCUCAGCACGCGUGGCGCGCCGCUGCUCGUUGCCGAACCCGUGGCCCUAGAUACGGAGGGUGACGCCGACGAGGAGCUCUAUCUCGUCGGCACGGCGAGUGAACGUGACUCUCUAAUCCUCAACAACAUGACCGAGAGUAUCGGCCCGAGUCUGGUACAGACCCGCCAGAUCCCUGGCGUCCGCUUACGCACCGUCGCGCCUGGCGUCCACUUUGUGUUUUACAAGAGCAUGCCGUAUACACAGGACGAGGGCGCGUGGGCCGCCCUCCGAGACAUGGUCACACCUGCACUCAUCCCGACUGUUCUCCAGGCCUUUUUCUCCGUCGAGGCCCAGGCGCACCCCGUUCUCCGGCAGGAGGAACAGCUCUCCUCCCCGAUCCUGCGGUGCAUGAUCCUCACCGCGGGGCUCAUGUACAUUCCCCAGUUUCGGCGGCUACGCAAGGAGGCGUACAUGCUGACCAUGGGUGCAUUGCGCGCGCAGUCACCCAAGGCCCGGCUGUGGACUCUUCAGGUCUACGUCCUUGACCUGGAUGGACGCGAUGCCCUCGAGCCCAGCGGUAACUUUGUUACCCUCGGUCUGGCCAUCUCCACCGCACUCCUCCUCGGCCUGCACCAGGACAGUGGUGCAUGGAGCAUCCCAGCGUGGGAAAAAGAACUGCGCACGCGCCUGUGGUGGAGCCUGCUCAACUACGACCGCUUCAGUAGCCUCACGUUCGGGCGACCAAGGCACAUUGUCACUCCCAACGUCGUGCCCCUCCCGCCUCGAAGCGCCAGCGACACACUGAGUUACGACGCCUUCGUGAGCGCAUGUGAGCUCGGCCAGAUCCUCGACGACCUCGACUCGCCACACGUUUCGCUCGCCUCGUUGGCGGCUACGAGCAUGCGCCUCGACGCAUGGAAGAACGCGGCCGACACGCGCGGCCUCUUUGCCGUCGAGCCGGCUCCACCUGGCGUACGCUCCACUCAGCUCCUGUACCUCGGCAGCUGUAUCAUGGUCGUACGUGCAAUCUUUGAUGCGCUCGAUGCGGGCGAGCUCGAUGCCCUUGACGCUGCCCGCCACUCGUGCCUCAUGGCAUGCGAGGGCGUCGUCGACUUUGUCGCGGCCCUCACCCCAGGCGACCUGUACGGCUACUGGACAGCACACUCGCCGUUCAUGCUCAGCCUGACGCUGACUAAGCUUGUGCGCAUAAUCGUGAACGCAGGCGAGGCGAGUGUGCGCGAGACUGCGCUCCACGCUCUGCGCCGCUUCACAUCGGUCCUUACCGACCACCAAAACUCGGGAUGGGACGUAGCGCAGCUCGCCGUCGCGCGCGGCAACUACUUUAUUCCGCUGCUUACCCGGCGCCAUCCCGAAUUCGCGAGCGUCCUCGAUUCGGUGCAGAGUGGUAUGCCCGAAGCAGCGGACCCAGCACUCGCAGACUUUCUCAACACCCUUGUGGACCCGAGCGGGAUGCACGAGCUCAGCCUCGGGGGCCUGUUCUCGGUUCCGACGUUGUAG